AUGUUGACAUCUGUGUACCUACUCAACGAAGUGAAGAAAAAAGGGAGAGGAAAUGAGAUUAUAGGAGAAUAUAUCCAUAUUUAUAGCGGAGUCCCGAAAGAUGCAAGAGCAAAAAGAGGGGUGUCCAUAGCAGUACACAAAAAGCUGAGGAAGAAUAUAAGAAGCUGGGAAGAAGUCGAUGAGCAGAUAAUAAAACUGGAGAUAUUUAAAAACGGUAGAAAAAUUGUUAUAAUAGGCGUGUAUGCUCCCAGUGAGGACUCAGAUAGGGCAACAAAGGACCACUUCUACAACCACUUCUACAACACCAUAUCUGACAUCGAAGACAAUAAAGAGAUAUUCAUACUAGGAGACCUGAAUGGUCGAACGGGACAGAAAAGUAACGACCCUGUGGUAGGACAAUACGGCGAAACCGCUUUGAACGAUAAUGGACAGCGCCUGAUAAGCUUCUGUCAAAGUUCAUCCUUAAAAAUAAUGAAUGGAUAUUUUGCCCAUAGACAUCCAUAG